CUCCUACCGAUAGUAUCAAAAUAUCUUCUCACAAAAGAAAAUUUCCUUUUACGUGGACUCUCUUGGAGUAUUGGACGAAAAAUCAAUGGAAGUGACACAUCAAAUUCUACGGCGGGAGUUUGAGUUCUAACUUCGUUGUAAGUUUCUAACACAGCCGACAACCUUGCCACUUUUCCAACUCUCAUACUUUCGUUUCAUUCACGACUCCCAAAUCCCAAUUCUCCCACAUUUUUUACACACAUAUACAUAAUAUAUACUUCAUAGUUCAUACUCACCCCAAAAAAAAACUACCAAAUUCCUAAUUUCAGUUGAUUGCUUGCCCGAAAAACAUCAAAAACUGCAAUGGCAAUUAUGAAUAAACCUUUGAAACCUCAUUUCACUCUCUCUCCUCCAUAUCUCUCAUCUCCCUUUCUUGCAAAACCCACCCAUAUUUUCAAGAAAUGUUCCCUUAAUUUUAGGGUAUAUAACUUUAAUCCCACUUCAUCUUCUAAUAAGAUGUCUUAUCCUUCUACUCAACCUUCUUCUUCUUCUAUGGUUUCUGAGAUGGGACCCACCGUUUUUAAGGGUGUUUCUUGUGAUCCCAAGCAAAUGGAGGAAGCUCUUGAGAAGGUUAUUUACAGCUGUCGAUUUGUGACAUUUCUUGGGGUUUUCGGUUCCUUAAUCGGGUCUAUUCUUUGCUUUGUCAAGGGUUGUAGCAUUGUGGGAGCAUCUUUCUUUGAACACUUUGCAAAGAGUGGGAAGGUGAUAGUCUUGCUGGUUGAGGCGAUUGAUGUUUAUUUACUGGGAACAGUGAUGUUGGUCUUUGGAAUGGGUCUCUAUGAGCUCUUUGUGUCCAAUCUUGACAUUGCGAAGUCACUAUCAGAAGCGAAGCAUCGGUCAAACUUGUUCGGCUUAUUUCCUUUAACGGAACGGCCAAAAUGGUUGGAAAUCAAAUCAGUAAACGAGCUCAAGACGAAGGUCGGACAUGUGAUUGUGAUGCUGCUCCUGAUAGGAUUGUUUGACCAUAGUUUUCGGGAUCUUGAGGGUCCCUAGUUUUCUGGAAUUUAUUCUCUUCCCAUGUUGUGAGUAGCAGUGAUGAUGAGCCUAACUUGUUCGUGAACAAUUCAAGAUCGGCUCGGUCAAAGGUCGGAUCAUGGUGGCUCGGCUCGGUCAAAGGUCGGAUCAUGGUGGCUCGGCUCGGAUUCAGGCUCGACUCGAGAGUUAACGAGUGGAGCUGAGCUACGCAAAGGUCGGCUCGAAAGCUCGUGAACAUACUCGAUUAUACUUUUAUAUAAAAAAAUAAAAUUUUUUAUACAUAUACCGAUAUACGUAUAGAUCUCAAAGAAAACGUAUAAAUCUCAAAUAUUAGCAGAAAAGGAAAAACAAAGAGAACAUGUAAAAACUAGGGUGAUAAAGAGUUAAGCCUGUUCGUGAAGAGUUCGAACUCGGCUCUAACAAAGUUCGGCUUGUUAAGCUUUGAGCUCGACUCAAGCUUGAUAAACUUAAACGAACACAAGCUAAGCAGACUAUAGUUUGAACUCGGCUCGACCGACAAGCAUCCCUAGUUGCGAGUACUAAUGGCUAUAUUAAUGUGUUUUCUAUUAAAAGUUGCCGCUAGAGUAUGCCAAAUUCCCUAAUUAAGGAUGUAAUACUGUUCACAAUAAUAUAUAGACAAGGUUUGUACAAGGUGAACAAAAGCGACCUAAUUAUGCAUAACUAAAAAAAGCUUAACAAAGACAAAUUAUCUAGAAAAUUUACCUACUACCAGACCUCCAUAGUCGUGGUGUGAGGAAAACAAACGAUGGAAUUGAAUUGAUCAAUUAAGAGACAGGAAGGAAGGGCGACCUUUGAUGAAGAUAUCGGUAGACACAAACUUGACUAAGGAUCACUCUUUGACAAACAAAAUGACAUAAAUUAAACGUGAUUUGUGCACUGGUGGUGGAUAGACUUAUUACUCGAUAGUUCAUAGUACAAACAUUGUCAUGGAAAACAAUAGUAGUACCACACAAUGUACGACGCAACAUUAGAGUAAAAUUGCACAACCAAGAGGUUUCAAGAACAAGGAAUUGGCUAAGCUAUGGUACCUUCCCUCAACAUUAGAGCGGGAAAAAGUUGGUGGUCGCUUGAACAUCAAUGAAAGCAAGUUUUGCGGAGGAAGAUGCAUGAACGACGACUGUUAGGAUCAGACAUUUUAUUCAAUCCAGGUUGGAGAGGGCAACAAGACUCUGACUGUGCAUCAAGAUGCAAUGGACCCCUAAAUGGCGAUGUAUUUACUCAUGGUUAGUAGAUGAUGCUCUCGAGGGUCAUGCGUACUCAGAAAUUUGACAGGUAUUGGGCAAUGCCGACAGGACCGUGGUUCGGUGAUGAGUCUGAGACAGAGACCAUAAGACUAGAGUAUACACAAAGCUUAGUUUUGUGUCAACAACGUAGAGGAGCAAUGGUCAUUUUUCAAUAAUUUAUUGGUGCUCGUUGUAAAAUUUCCAAGGUAUGUUUCUUCUACAAAAGAAACAAGGCAGCCUAGCUAUGUUUGACCUAGAUUUCAAGAAAUAAUUGAGGAGACUGUGGUCUGUCAUGGAAAACUCUUAGCUCUGAUACCAUAUAGGAAUAUGAUCAUUCUCUUUCAUUAUGUUCACUGUU